AUGCUCGUUUCAUUGGAAUUAUUCACGGCCUUUCUGGCUUGUGUCUCGGCUGGAUAUGCCCUUCAAAUAUCGCCAGAUACGCCUCUCUCCGAAUUGAUCUCUUCCGCCAAAGCCCACCUCGCGCAGGGCUCACCCCGAGAUGCCGUGGUAUACUUCGAUGCCGCCGUCUCGCGCGAUCCAACCAACUAUAUCACCAUCUUCCAGCGCGGUGCGGCUUAUCUAUCCAUUGGCAAAAACUCACAAGCCUCAAGUGACUUUGAUCGAGUUCUAGAACUCAAGCCAGACUUUGAGGGCGCCCUUCUACAGCGAUCCCGCUUAAACGCACGCUCCGCGCAUUGGCAAGAGGCCUUGCAAGAUCUCGAGCGGGCCGGGAAGAAGUCGACGGAUGAUUACAAGGAACUAGAAGCCGCACGGGAUGCGGCCACAUUGGCCCUCAAUGCUGAAAAGCAAGGCGCCUGGGACACGUGUGUCUCGGAGGCAAAUGUGGCCAUCCUAAAGGCAAAUACAGCACUGCCUCUGCGGCAGGCUCGAGCCCAUUGUCAUUUUGAAAAAGGCGAGACGGAGGAAGGGCUCAGCGAUUUGGCACAUGUUCUGCAAAUGUCCCCGAACUUGGUCGAAACUCACCUACAAAUGUCGUCCAUGCUGUUCUACUCUCUAGGAGACAGUGACCGUGGCCUUGCUCAAAUCCGUAAAUGUCUCUAUACCGAUCCCGACUCAAAAUCGUGCAACCGGCUCUAUCGACGUGAACGAAAGCUUGCCAAACAGCUAGAAAAAUUGCAUACUGCCCUAGACUCACGCAAGUUCAGCAAUGCAGCAAAUCUCAUGGUCGGCGAUAGUGAUACCAGUGGACUGAUCGCAGAAGUCAAGGCCGAUAUUGAAGAAGCAAGACAAGUUAACCAUAUUCAUCGCCUGGCACCCAAUAAUCUUUACACAUUCCUAGUCGAGAAGACCUGCGAGGCUUACCGUGAAAUGCGUAUGAUCAAAAAGGCCGGUCCUUACUGCACCGAAGCUCUCCAGCUUGUUCCUCACUCACUUGCCGGGCUCCUCUAUAAAGCCCAGAUUGCUUUGGACGAGGAUCGAUUCGAGGACGCCAUACGUACGCUCGAAUCGGCCAAGGAACACCACCCCGGUUCCCAAGAGGCGCAAUCUCUCCAACAGAAGGCUCAGACCCUACUCAAGCGUUCCAAGCAGAAAGAUUACUACAAGGUCCUUGGUAUUAGCCGUGAUGCGGAUGAUCGGACGAUCAAGCGCGCGUAUCGCCAGCUAGUGAAGCAACAUCACCCUGAUAAGGCCCACUCCCAGGGUGUAAGCAAGGAAGAGGCAGAGAAAAAGAUGGCGGCUAUUAAUGAAGCCUACGAGGUUUUAUCCGACCCCGAACUCCGGACACGGUUCGACAAUGGCGACGACCCCAAUGAUUCUGAAUCGCAACAGCGGGGCAGUCCGUUCCAAGGCAACCAAUUCGGUGGUCAACAGUUCUUCUUCCAACAGGGUGGUCCACAGUUCCAGGGAGGUUUCAAAUUCCCUGGUGGAUUCCGCUGA